AUGAGUAGUUUAGUCAAAAAGGGAAGUCAGUUUACUCCAAAGUUGAAGAAUCCAGUCAGAAAGAAAGCCACGCCUAGGGCCACUGCCACUCCUGAACCUUCCCAAAAGGGCACCGCAAGAGCGUCAUCGGAUGUACGCUCUAGACCUAUAUCUGAUCAGUUGGACACGCCACCAAGUACACAGCUAGAGAAACCACGAUUUACUUUCAAUAUUAGAGGAGCAGCUUCCGGUAGCCCCGUUUUGGAUGAUAUAGUGGAUCCAAUAGACAAUCUGAAACCACAAGAGUCGGCAAUUGCAGAUAGCUCAGACGAGGAUGACGAGACGCUCAAACAACAUGCACAGAGUCUACGUAGGGCCUCAUCACGAAGAUUAUCUGGAAUUAACCCCGGCCUUCGAAGCCGAUCCGCUUCUGUUUCUCAACGACCAGGUAACGAUGAUACACUGUCAGCUGCUAGAAUUUUAGUGCCACAACCAAAAUCUACAAAAAGAAGAAGAUCGCUGUUGAGCACGCGAAAUGCAAAAAGAACCUCAGUACUGAUGCCGGUUAAUUCUACUGCUCCUACACUCAAGCCGUCACUGCUGGUGGCAAUUUCCAAGCCACCCACUACUACUCACUCUCCAGCGCCAACCGCAUCCUCAAGUACCACCACAGCAGCUAGAAUUUUGAACUCCAAUGUUCGUCAUUUGUUUCCUGCAUUGAGACCUUCUGCUGCACCUUUAAGCAAGAUCAUGAAUGAUCCAGAAACAGCACCCUCAUCAUUGAAUGUUGCCAAGAGGGGCGAGAUGAAUGUGGUGAGCAAAGAAUUCGUUGUGGGGAUUGAUCCUAGGUCAAACAAGUUGCGGAAGUUUAGACGUCGGGAUGCGCCGAAACCGGAGGUCAAGGAGGAAAGUGAUGGAUUCACCAGAGUUGCUAACAAGUCGUUGGACUAUUUGAUUCCUCUUGCGCCAGAGAAUUUAGUUACGACUGUGACCAGCAUCAGUCAAAUUCCGUCCGGCAUUAAAGAAGAGGACUUGGAGUUGUAUGGAGAACUUGAUUUCGAUUAUGAGGGCAUGACAAUGGCCGAUUUGUGUAAACCGACAUUGAAAAUUGGGAAUGUUAGCUCCAGUUUCAAAUUGGCACAAGAAGCAGAGGUGCAAUUGAAGCAGAAAAAAGUGCAAAGGCGACUAGACAGGAUGAGAGCAAGAAAUGAAAGAAUAUCUUUGGAGGAGGCGAUGUUGAAAAAUGAAGGAAAGACUGACGAAGAAAUUCGACUCGAACGGGAGGGUAAGAAACCAAAAUCGGGAACAGACUUGCUAAAUUUGGAAGAGGAAGCACCAUCAACGUCUUCAACAUUGCAGUUAACGUUGGUGGGUGGAAAAAUUGGUUUCAACGAAGAAUCUGCUGUUGUUGUGAAGCCUAGAGCUGAUGCGUCUGGACGUACAGUUGAGGACUCCAACCCUUUCGCAAACCCCGUCACAUCCACAACAUAUAGCAAAAGAAUAUACACAGACAAGUGGACUCCAGACGAACUAAAUGAUUUUUACCGUGCUUUGAGUAUGUUUGGUACCGAUUUUUCAUUGAUUGCGCAAUUGUUCCCUCAUCGCACUAGAAAGCAAAUCAAGUCAAAGUUCGUGUUAGAGGAGAGAAAGUUCCCAGAAGUGAUUGAAUUGGCAUUGAAGAGGAAGCUUCCUGUCGAUUUCAAAAGGUAUUGUGAGACGACAAAUAACGACAUAAAGACAAUUGAACAGUACAAUGAAGAGUUGAAGAAGGUCAGAAUUGAGCAUGAACAAAGUAUGAAUGCGAUUGCCAUUGAGAGGGAGAAGGCAUUUAAAGAAGAUGCUGAAGCUAAUAGAAGGCGUGAAAUUGAGAUUAGAACAGGAUUCACUGGAUCUAAGCCAAUGACGACAGCCGAACGGAGAAAGGAGUUAAGGAAGAACGAAACAGUUGUUGGAACUAUUGACGAUAUAAAGAAUCGUUAG